UGAUCAUGUAGAAAACUGUUUUGUAUAAAGGUUGGUAAUGAUCAUUACUGACUUUUCAUUGGUUGGUAUUAUCGGUUUGAAACGUCACGAAAAUGAUGUCAUUUUACAUCCAAUUUUAUGUAUCGGAAAAUUUUUAAGUCAUUCAAUCAAACAUCCACCACACAUAAAAGGUAGUAUUAAACACACUGAAAAAUUAAUGGAAAAAUCAAGCAAAAGGCCAAUUUUCUCAAAAGAUUAAAUAAGGAGAUACCAGCUGUAAAAUGUAUGUUGUUCUGCGAUCUCCACAUAUAAAACACACACGACCUAGCCUGUUAAAAUGUUGUCGGCAUUCUCACCUAAACACCCAUUGCGUAUGUAACGUAAACAUUCGAAUAGCAAAUUCAAGUUUAAUCGAAUCGAAACGAUUGUAUACUAUAAGUACCCACAAACAUAUUGUAUUUUACGAUAAUUUUAAGCCAUUGAAAACCCAUAAUCCUGUUAGUUACGAAUUGGCCAGGCAUAUUUCCCUCUCGGCUAUAAGAUUUGAAAAGGAGCCGCUAAAACCCUCAUCCAAAGUAGAAGUUACGGUCACAGAGCUAAAAAAGAAAAAAGAAGAACCAACAGAAGUAGCAAAACCUGUAGUGAAAAAAUCAAUAGCUCAAAAAAUCUGGCAUGAGCUAGUUCAUUACUACCAUGGGUUUCGUUUAUUGUUCAUUGACAUAAAAAUAUCCACAGGACUAUUAUGGAGGGUGCUAAAUGGAAAAAACCUAACAAGAAGGGAGCAUCGACUGUUGACAAGAACAGUUGGUGAUGUUUUUCGUUUGGUACCAUUUUCAGUAUUUAUCAUCGUUCCAUUUAUGGAACUGUUAUUACCAGUUUUCAUCAAAUUUUUCCCUGGGAUGCUGCCCUCUACAUUCCAGACAGCCACAGAAAGAGAGGAUAAGAUAAAGCAAAGCUUGAAAGUCAAACUUGAAAUGGCUAAGUUCCUACAGGGUACCCUGGAUGAAAUGGCAGUCCAGCAUAAAGAUAGAUAUUCGGAUAAGGCUAAAGAAUUUGUUGAGUGGUUCAACAAAGUUAGAACAUCAGGUGAACCAGUAUCUACGGAUGAGAUCAUGAAAUUUUCUAAGCUAUUCGAAGAUGAGAUAACCUUAGAUUCUUUAUCAAGGAGUCAACUGAUAGCUCUCUGUAGAGUAUUGGAUGUGCAAACACUAGGCACAAAUAAUUUCCUACGUUUCCAGCUGAGAAUGAAGUUGAGAAGUUUAGCGGCAGAUGAUAAAAUGAUACAGAAAGAGGGAGUUGACAGUUUGACAUUAGCUGAGGUUCAACAAGCUUGCAGAGCAAGGGGUAUGAGAGCUUAUGGUGUAAGUGAAGAGCGGUUACGACAACAAUUGAAACAAUGGUUGGAUUUGAGCCUGGAUAAAAAAGUGCCUCCAUCACUUCUGCUGUUAUCUCGGGCAUUGAUGCUUCCAGAGACCAUACCAACAGAGGAUAAACUCAAAGCUACCAUCUCAGCCCUUCCAGAGACUGUUGUCAAACAUACGCAAGCUGCUAUUGGUGAAAAAGAGGGUAAGAUCGACAACAAGGUGCGCGUAGAGAUCCUCAGAGAGGAAGAAAAGAAGAUCAGGGAAGAGCGCGAAGAGCGUCGCGAAGAAAAGAAGAAACUGGAGAAGGUCAAAGAAAAGGUCAAGGACAAAGAAAUCCUGGUGGACAAAGCACCAAUCCUCUCGACUAGCACGACUCCUAUUUUGGAAGAUACUGCUUUGAAGAUCAGUACAGAGAAAUUGGAGAAGGUUGAAGAGAAGCUGGAAGAACCUUUGCAAUCGAAGGACUUUAAGAUUAUAGAGAAUGCUAUUGAUUCUGUAUCGAAAGAGAAGAAGCUUAUUGUAGAGAAUAAGGAGAUACAAGAGUUGAAGAAAGAGGUGGAAGAUUACAAAGAGGAUAUUGAAGAUUUGGAGAAGACAUUGGCUAGUGAACCUACACCGGAGAUCAAAGAAACUAAGGCAGCUAAGAGACUGUUCAAGAGUGUCAAUAAGAUGAUCAAUAAAUUGGACAAGGUGCUGGUCGAUAUGGAGGAGAAAGAGAAGCAGCUGAAGAAAGAUUUGGAAGUAGAAGCUACUGAUAAGAAAAAAGAAGAAUUGUUGAAGAUAGAUGACAUAAUCUCGGCGAUCGUAAAGUUCAAAGGAGUGCCAGACCAGAGCAAGUUAGACCAAAUUGCGACUGUUCUGAAAAAAAUGGACGAUGAUCAUGAUGGUUCGUUGAAAAUUGAUGAUGUGCUGAAGAGCUUCUGACAACUACGGGUGUGUCCUCAUCAUCAAAGACCAAAACUUUGUUUUGAGCCUUGGUCGGCACAUCGUAAUAAUAGAGCCAAGUCUCGUUAUCUGUCACGAUGGUACCCAGAGAGAACAAAGUUCCUUCUGUGUAAAUGGGCAUGUAGAAUUGCUGGUGCAUGAAGCUGAAAAGAUCUGUUGGUAAUAGAAAUUAUCGGCAAAGAAAACGUCAAUCUAAGUGGGAAACAAAUCGAAGAAUUAUUUGAACUCUUAGACAAAGAAGAAAUUCUUGAAGUGGAGGAUAAAAUCGAGAAAGCCCUUCAAAAAGGCAGGGAACAGAGCUCAGGUCAGGAUAAACUACCCCCUCCCAAAGACGGUAAAAGCAAAUCAGACGAAAAAACGGCAACAGCGAAAAAAGAGGAUGUAACGUCACCUCCCCCACCGCCCGGAAAGCCCAAGAUGGAUAAACAACCAGUCAUCACACCACCUCCAAGUAUUGACAAAACAAAGUCAGAGAACUCCAAGCAGCUUUAGUCUGUCUCGUUUAAAAACAGAGUCCUUAUUUAUUUUGUUAGUUACAGUCCAACUUUAGCUUUAGAUGUGUGGAGGUGUCAGCUAUCAUAUGUCAACUGUGCUUGUGAGGUUAUGUCAUGCAGUUGGAGUAUUACGUUUACGGAAUUUUGACUUGGACUGUCUGAAAAAAUGUCCGUUCGCUAAAGUUUGACGGUGACCAGUGUAAAAAUGUGAGUGGAAUAAAUUAUUUUUCUUUACAAAGGCUGUAAAUAUUUUUCCUUUUAAGCUGUGAAUGAAUUUGUCCAGAUUUAUUUUGUAUUAUUUUUGUACAGUCAAGGAUAGAGAUAAAAUGCGAAGCAGUGUCCCUAAUUUUUUUUGAUUUCCAUAGUGAUGAAAUUUUGAAGUGCUUUUAUUGUUUUUUUGUAAAGGUUCACAAUUGAGAAUUGUUAUAUGUACAAACGUACAGUUAUACAGUUAAAAGGUGUUUUUUGAUAAAUAAAAUGUGUUGAACACAA